GGAGUUAAAAAGUAAUGAAUUAAACUGGUGGAUAAUAACGAGUUAUAGUAUAUAUUCACGUUACUAUAAAUGAAAAUUAACAUUGGAAUAAAAUAACGACAUCAAAACCUUAUAUUUCUAAAUAAAAAAUUUGAUAUUCAAUGUCUGAGAAACAUUUUUCGAGAAUAAACCAUUUGUAUAAACUAUUUGUUUUGCUGACUAUAACUUGUGUAACUGUAUGUUUUCUUGCAAUGCUUACUAAUUUACCAAAUAUUGUUAAUUACAAACUUAACGUCACUCGUCCGUUUAAAAAUGAGAAGUUUUUAUUUAAACAGCAAAACCAUUCUUAUCAACAACUUCAGCAAACAAAGCAAUUUAGCGAAUUAAAAAUUGUAGUUCCGUUUCACAUUAAUCAACUAGAAAAAGUGCUAGAUAACAUUAAAAAAUGGGAGACAUUUCAGCCUUGUAACGUAACAAGCUUAAACAAUAAAAUGGUAGAUUUAAUAUUUUACAUUGGCUAUUCCGAUGAACACCAAAAAUUACUUAUUAACCUGAGUUCACUCAUGUCAAAAAAUAUUCACUGUUUCGUCAACAAAUAUAAAGUUUUGUUCAAAUAUGUUAAUAAAAAAGAUGAUAAGCACGAGAAAGGCGCUAGCUUAAUGUUUGAGGCAAUGCUUAACAGAAGUAAUGCACAUUUUAAAAAUACAUCUUUUGUGUUUUACAUGGAACCGGAUGUACGACCAAUUAAAUCAGACUGGUUGAGCGCUCUUAUUAUGGAGAUAGGAAAUGGAAACUUUUGGGUUAAGGGCUCUUGCUUCCGAGGCGAUUUGAAUAAAAUUGGAAUAAAUAAUCCCUACAUUCCAAGCUUUAUGCACAUAAAUGGUAAUGCUCUCUACAAUAUUGGUAGCGAUGAUUUCAGGCAUUUUUAUUUUAACACUCUUCGUCCUUAUGUGAUUAAAAAGAACGGUGACAGCAAGAAUGCAUACGAUACAGAUUUUUUUGAGUUUUUCUUUGACAGAGACAACUACGAAACAACACGUAACGUCAUUCAUCAGUUUCAUUUUUCUGAUUUUGUCCAAAACUACUGGAAUACGGUUUUUGACGUAAACGUUCUAAAUAAAAAAUUUUCCCGUACUUAUUUUGUUCACGGUGGCAUUCCAAACUAUUAAUAACUUUUGUUUUAGUUUCAUGUUUAUGUUAUAUGUUUAGUUAUAUAGUCAAUGUUUUUGUUUUAUUUUUAUUUUUAAUUCAAAUGAUUUAGCUUGCAUAUUUUUACACUACUCUGUAAAACAUAAUUUAUAACUAAUCUAUCAACAGUUA